CCACCAUGAGUUGGACAAUGAAGACAAUUGGCUUGUUGAUGAUAAAUAUCUUAGUGUCUGUUUGUGUGUGUGAACAAGAUUAUUGUGUAAAAUCGGAACGGCAAUGUUGUCGGACAUUUGUCGUCGAGGAGUUCAACCAGGCUUCGAGGUCAAUAGUUGUCAUCGAGCCAUAUGGCCGUUUAGGCAACCAUCUAACAGCCUUUGCUCAUUUAUAUCAAUUAAGAGAAGAGCUUGGAGUUGAUGUGUACAUUGUGAAUCAAACGAGGAAGCUCAUGAGCCAAGUAUUCUCAGAGACCACCCUCCAAACUCUGCCAGUUCUGGAAGAAGAGUUUUGCAACAUUGAUGACAUCCCAUUCAGAGACUUUGAUCUGGACAUCCGUUACAUUUUGACCGAUGAGAGCUACCGAAAGGGCCAUAUCUUAUUGCUUCUAGAUGAGCGAGUCCGUCACUUAAAGUUGAACCAACGAACCAAAGAGUACAGGGAAUUCAUCCAGAAGUUUACAAACUCCAUGAGAAGUGUCCUGCAAUUUCGUCCUGAAAUCUUGGAAGCGGUCGACACCAAGAUGACCAAAAUUGCCACCAAAUUUAGGCAAAAACAUCCAACCAUAGAUCAAGCGGCUCUAAUCACGUGGAUUGGCAUCCACAAUCGUCGAACGGAUUUCAACAACUUUGCUUGGCAAAAACAUGGCCUAACUCCCUUUGAAGAGGAGUACUUUGUCGAAGCAAUGGAUUAUUACCGAGAGCGUUUUGGAGAGGCUGUAAUAUUCUUGUACGUGUCGGAUGACAUGAAGUGGGGCCGCCUGAAUCUGAUGAACCCCAAACGAGAUCUCUUCUUUGUUGGCAAAGGAAAGACAGAGGACGAGGACGAGAUCGCCUUUGACAUGACUCUAUUGGCUCAAUGCAACCAUUCUAUUUAUACUCGUGGUACUUUCGGCAUCUGGACGGCCGCCAUGGCCGGUGGGCUUAUUCAUCAUGAGCGUGGCGUGUCUGAGAAUGUCGUUGAUAUUUAACGUAGGGUUUGUCCCUUGAAGUGUCUAGUGUGCAUUGCCAGAACCUCGAGCGUGUUAAAAGUUAUUGCCAAGCAAGACGGAAUUCCUGGCCUCUCUUCUCCCAAAUAGUUUUGGAUGCAAAGCUGAACCAAUCUAUCUUGAGAGAAGUGAACCAGAAGCUUCACACCAUCUUCUUUCCACCCUUCCAAGUCCAACCAGAAGCAUCCUCACUUAUCCACCUCAUUGGAUGGACGCCACAUUCUUUAUCAAUCUCUUUAGUAGGAGAGCCUUUAAUGGAAUCUUGGCGCAAGAAAGGACAGGCACUAUAAAAAAGACCGACCCUACUACCUUUUCUCGUCCCUUACAAGGACGUUAAUCCAUGUACGUGAUCUGCCUGAAUGAAUAAAAGAAUACACAUCAAAUUUGGGAUUGAAAGUAAAGUCUUGACGUUGACGAUUUUCUAGUGGAUUUCUCGUUGGCAGAUCCGAGAGCCCUUCGGCAAAAUUGAAACUCCUUCCUUAGCUUCCAUCUCAUAAUGGAAGCUGCUCAAAUUCUGGCGAAAUGCCAGGAUCU